UUCCCUCUCUCUGUGUUUGUGCUUCUCUCAUUCAUCCAGCUGAACUCUGUGGAUCAUCAACGCUGUGUCCCUAGCUGUCCCUUCGCUUCUCUGAACCUCAAUAUGACACACUGGGCCUCCCUUGCUCUCCUUCUGGUUUUGGGCCUCUCCAUCCAGGGAACCCUCUCCCAGGACGCUGAGGAACCUGCACCAGUGGACCCAAGCCAGGCCCCUGUCGACCCCUCCCAGGCAGAGGAUGAGGACGAGUGGGGACUGAACUCCGUUAGGGGAGGCUUUGAAGCCGUCAAUGGAUACUUUGACUCCAUGCUGGAGCUUAUGGGCGGACGCGAUGGAGUGUGCCAGUACCGCUGUCGAUAUGGUAAAGCUGCUCUUCCUCGCCCUGACUACCAGAUGCAGGAGCCCAACGGAUGCAGUGCCUACUUCCUAGGCCUUCCGGUACCCAAUAGUGUUGAUCUGGGUAUCCCUGCCAUGACUAAGUGCUGCAACCAGCUGGAUGUGUGUUACGACACCUGCGGCUCCAACAAGUACCGCUGCGACUCCAAGUUCCGCUGGUGUCUCCACAGCAUCUGCUCUGACCUCAAGAAGAGCCUGGGCUUCAUGUCAAAGGUCGAAGCCUGUGAGACGGUAGCAGACACCCUGUUCAACACAGUCUGGACUCUGGGCUGCAGGCCCUACAUGAACAGCCAGAGGGAAGCCUGCCUCUGUGAAGGAGAGGAGAGGGAUGAGCUUUAAAUUAGGGUUAUAGACACACACACACACACAGACAGCUCUCCUAUUCACCAAGUAACAUGGGAUACGUCACUCCAAAUGACUGCUGGAGAUGCGACUUGGCUAUUUGUGUAAUUUAUUUGGUGUGUUUUACUUGGUUUUGUUUAACAGAACAAGUGCUGUAUAUUUGCAACAACUGUUGGGUUUAUUUUUUAAAUCUGCAAAAGAACAUGUACUACAAUCCAA